AAAAAGUUGCAACUACCAUAAUCGACAGAGCGGAAGCAAGUGAAUAGAGAGAGAAAAUGGCUCAACCACCACAGUCAAUAGAUUUUGACAAGAUCAGAAACUCUUCCGAUGGAACCUUCAAAGGAUUGGUGUCUCUGGGCUUCAAUGAGAUCGUUGGCAAUAAUCCGUAUUUUGCUGCCGGAGGGGGUUUGAUGGUGUUGGGUACAGUAUUAGCUGUUGCCAGACAAGGGGUAAUGAAGAGUUCUGGUUUCAUCUACCGUCAAUUAUUGGUGGACUUGGAAAUUCCUUCCAAGGAUAAGUCAUACCUUUGGUUUUUAGAAUGGAUGUCUAAAUAUAAGCAUCGUAGUUCUCGUCAUUUAUCAGUGGAAACCAGUUAUGUCCAACAUGAUAAUGGUUCAGUUUCUACAAAAUUUUCAUUAGUUCCUGGACCGGGAAAACAUUUACUUAGAUAUAAAGGUGCAUUUAUGUUGGUCAAUCGUGAACGUUCAGGAAAAUUGAUUGAUAUGACUAGCGGAACCCCAUUUGAAACCGUGACAUUGACAACAUUAUAUCGAGACCGUAAAUUAUUUGGAGAUAUGUUAUUAGAAGCAAAACAAUUGGCAUUAAAAGCAAGAGAAGGUAAGACUGUGAUAUACACGUCCUGGGGUCCAGAAUGGAGACCAUUUGGACAACCAAAAACAAAGAGAUUAUUUGAAUCUGUUAUAUUGGAUGAGGGUAUUGGGGAAAGUAUCUUGAAAGAUGUGCGUGAUUUCUUAAAUAGUGGUGAAUGGUAUCGUAAACGAGGUAUUCCUUAUAGAAGAGGAUAUUUAUUAUUUGGCCCACCAGGCAGUGGUAAGACUUCGUUUAUUCAAGCCUUGGCUGGUGAAUUAGACUACAAUAUUUGUAUAUUGAAUUUGUCAGAAAACAACUUGACGGAUGAUAGAUUAAACCAUUUGAUGAACCAUAUACCCGAUAGAUCCAUAUUAUUAUUAGAAGAUAUCGAUGCUGCAUUCAAUAAAAGAGAUCAAACUGACGAGAAGGGGUUCAACAAUGGAGUUACAUUUUCUGGGUUAUUGAAUGCACUUGAUGGGGUUGCCAGUGCUGAGGAAUGUAUAACAUUCAUGACUACUAACCAUCCAGAAAAAUUGGACCCUGCUUUAUUAAGACCUGGUAGAGUUGAUUACAAGGUAUUAGUGAACAAUGCCACUGAAUUUCAAGUUAGAAAGAUGUUUAUGAGAUUUUACGAAGACGAGGAUGCCCUUUGUCAAGAAUUUAUGACCAAGUUCCGUCAAUUAGAUGUGAAACUGGUUAGUACUGCCCAAUUACAAGGAUUAUUUGUUUACAACAAAAGCGAUCCAAGAGGAGCAAUUAACAUGAUAGAAACAUUACGAAACCCAAACUCUGUAUUUUAAAUCCUUGUACAUAACAAAAUAUAGAUAUAAUAACCUGUAAAUAAUAUACCCCAAUAUCUUAUCCACGAUAUUUCUUCAGCAAUUCAUCAUUGACACUUUCUAAUCGCUCUAAAGUCGGUUCUCCUUCUUCACCAGCACCAUUAUUAGGAUCACCUGCUUUGGACAUCAAUUCAUUCACAUAAUUCACAUAAAUCAAAUAAAUCAAUAAGUCACAAUUGUCCUUCUUUAAAGUAGUUCUUGAUGAUGAUGAUGAUUUACUUUCUUCGGAAUUACUUAAAUUGUUCAAUUUGGAUGAUAGUAUCCUCCUGAAUCUUGCUUGGUUAUAAGUUUGUCUGUUCUUCUUUAUACUUGGCAUUGUAUGUUAUGUUGUUAUUUUGGCCUCUU